GGAAUUCAGAUGCCUAUUGAUGACUGCUCUGUGGCAGCUAAACCAAGAGAACAGCUGCUCUGCUCAUUAUUUCAAACCACACCAAGGUACAGAGCUUGUGCUUCAGGAUGGAAACCUAUGGCUAUCUGCAUAGGGAGUCAUGCUUUCAAGGACCUCAUGAACUCUAUUUUAAGAACCUCUCAAAACGAAACAAACACAUCAUGGAGAAGAAUGGAAAUAACCGAAAGCUGCGGGUUUGUGUUGCUACUUGUAACCGUGCAGAUUAUUCUAAACUUGCCCCAAUCAUGUUUGGCAUUAAAACUGAGCCUGACUUCUUUGAACUUGAUGUUGUGGUACUUGGCUCUCACCUGAUCGAUGACUAUGGAAAUACAUAUCGAAUGAUUGAACAAGAUGACUUUGACAUUAACACCAGGCUCCACACAAUUGUGAGGGGAGAAGAUGAGGCAGCUAUGGUGGAGUCAGUAGGCCUGGCCCUAGUGAAGCUGCCAGAUGUCCUUAAUCGCCUAAAGCCUGAUAUCAUGAUUGUUCAUGGAGACAGGUUUGAUGCCCUGGCUCUGGCUACAUCUGCUGCCUUGAUGAACAUCCGAAUCCUUCACAUUGAAGGUGGGGAAGUCAGUGGGACCAUUGAUGACUCUAUCAGACAUGCCAUAACAAAACUGGCUCAUUAUCAUGUGUGCUGCACCCGAAGUGCAGAGCAGCACCUGAUAUCCAUGUGUGAGGACCAUGAUCGCAUCCUUUUGGCAGGCUGCCCUUCCUAUGACAAACUCCUCUCAGCCAAGAACAAAGACUACAUGAGCAUCAUUCGGAUGUGGCUAGGUGAUGAUGUAAAAUCUAAAGAUUACAUUGUUGCACUACAGCACCCUGUGACCACUGACAUUAAGCAUUCCAUAAAAAUGUUUGAAUUAACAUUGGAUGCACUUAUCUCAUUUAACAAGCGGACCCUAGUUCUGUUUCCAAAUAUUGAUGCAGGGAGCAAAGAGAUGGUUCGAGUGAUGCGGAAGAAGGGCAUUGAGCAUCAUCCCAAUUUUCGUGCAGUUAAACACGUCCCAUUUGACCAGUUUAUACAGCUGGUUGCUCAUGCUGGUUGUAUGAUUGGGAAUAGCAGCUGUGGGGUACGAGAGGUGGGAGCUUUUGGAACACCUGUGAUCAACCUGGGAACACGUCAGAUUGGAAGAGAAACAGGGGAGAAUGUUCUUCAUGUCCGGGAUGCUGACACCCAAGACAAAAUAUUGCAAGCACUGCACCUUCAGUUUGGUAAACAGUACCCUUGUUCAAAGAUAUAUGGGGAUGGAAAUGCUGUUCCAAGGAUUUUGAAGUUUCUCAAAUCUAUUGAUCUUCAAGAGCCACUACAAAAGAAAUUCUGCUUCCCUCCUGUGAAGGAGAAUAUCUCUCAAGAUAUUGACCAUAUUCUUGAAACUCUAAGUGCCUUGGCCGUUGAUCUUGGUGGGACGAACCUCCGAGUUGCAAUAGUCAGCAUGAAGGGUGAAAUAGUUAAGAAGUAUACUCAGUUCAAUCCUAAAACCUAUGAAGAGAGGAUUAAUUUAAUCCUACAGAUGUGUGUAGAAGCUGCAGCAGAAGCUGUAAAACUGAACUGCAGAAUUUUGGGAGUAGGCAUUUCCACAGGUGGCCGUGUAAAUCCUCGGGAAGGAAUUGUGCUGCAUUCAACCAAACUGAUCCAAGAGUGGAACUCUGUGGACCUCAGGACCCCCCUGUCUGACACUUUGCAUCUCCCCGUAUGGGUAGACAAUGAUGGCAACUGUGCUGCCCUGGCAGAAAGGAAAUUUGGCCAAGGAAAGGGACUGGAAAACUUUGUUACACUUAUCACAGGCACAGGUAAGAGAGGAAUCGGUGGAGGAAUUAUCCAUCAGCACGAAUUGAUCCAUGGAAGCUCCUUCUGUGCUGCAGAACUGGGCCACCUUGUUGUGUCUCUGGACGGGCCUGAUUGUUCCUGUGGAAGCCAUGGGUGCAUUGAAGCAUAUGCCUCUGGAAUGGCCUUGCAGAGGGAGGCAAAAAAGCUCCAUGAUGAGGACCUGCUGUUGGUGGAAGGGAUGUCAGUGCCAAAAGAUGAGGCAGUGGGUGCACUCCAUCUCAUCCAAGCUGCCAAACUUGGCAAUGCGAAGGCCCAGAGCAUCCUAAGAACAGCUGGAACAGCUUUGGGUCUUGGGGUUGUGAACAUCCUCCAUACUAUGAAUCCCUCCCUUGUGAUCCUCUCUGGAGUCCUGGCCAGUCAUUAUAUCCACAUUGUCAAAGACGUCAUUCGCCAACAGGCCUUAUCCUCCGUGCAGGAUGUGGACGUGGUGGUCUCAGAUUUGGUUGACCCCGCCCUGCUGGGUGCUGCCAGCAUGGUUUUGGACUACACAACUCGCAGGAUCUACUAGACCUCCAGGAACAGACAUGGGCUAAAGAGCUCUGGAGUGGAAUCAAAUUCUUGUUGUUAGAAUGACCAUUUCUUAACAAGCAAAUCUGCUAUUGAACUGCAGGUGACUUUAGCAGAGAAAUGUUUUUGCUUUUGGUCUCCUCUUCCAGAGUCACCUUUCCCAACUCCUAUUUUUGUAGAUGCUGUUCUUUCUGAUGUUUUCCUAGUAGGGGUCAUUUUUGCUCAAACCCUGUAAAUUCCAGUCACAAUUUUCUGUGCCAAAGUAGCUAUAAUAAUAGACAAGGAAGCCUUAGAACUCUGCUUACUAAUGUAUUAAUACCACUGAGACCUGCAGUCCUUGCCUGGGAUGUCACUUCAUCCUGAGGUUUGCAUUAAUAAUCCUUCCUGCCAGGCACAAUAGCUCACGCUGGUAAUCCCAGCACUUUGGGAGGCCGAGACGGGCGGAUCACCUGAGAUCAGGAGUUCGAGACCAGCCUGGCCAACAUGGUGAAACCCCAUCCUUACUAAAAUACAAAAAUUAGCCAGGCAUGGUAGCAUGCACCUGUAGUCCUGGCUAUUAAGGAGGCUGAGGCCAGAGAACUGCUGGAGCCCAGGAGGUGGAGGUUACAGUGAGCUGAGAUCACACCACUGCACUCCAGCCUGGGCGACAGAGCAAGACUCCAUCUUCCAAAAAAAAAAAAAAAAAUUUCCUCCUCGAACCCCAAACUGAGAUCACAGAAAGUGAUCCAGUCAGGGAACAGAAGGAAAUCUUACCAGGAAGGGCUUAAGUACAUUUUUUUUAAACAGCUUUAUUGGUAUUUUUUUUUAAGCCUACAAUUUGAUAAGCCUUGACAUAUGUAUACCUGUUUAAGUAUUACCACAAUCAAGACAUCAUCGGACAUAUCUAUCAACCCCCCCAUCUCAGAUAUCCCUCCCUAACCCUGGAUACCAUUUGUUGAAAGAUGUGAUUUCUGUGGCUGAACUUAUGAGACUUUAGACCAGGGAUCUAAAUUAUAGUGGCCUCAGUGACCUUGUCCUUAUCUUCUUAGGACAGCUGAGAAGCUACUGGGACUUAGAGCCUUUAAAAGGAGAUUUACUAUCCCAAAAGGAUGUUCCCUACUGACCAGCAGACACUUCUCCCUUCAAUAGCCUUUCAUACUGUGUUGAAGAAGACCCUAGGGUGUUUAUUAAAGCAGUGUUUGUGUGAGUUUUACCUAGAGCCCAGAGCCAUGAAUCAGGAUUCUGGGUACAUAAUUCAUGCUUCCAUUGGUAUCAAAAUACAAAAGCCAAAGUUCUGGCUAUAAAUUGUAACUUGGAAGAAAUACUAACUGCCACCACCUAUUAAGUGCCUACUGUGUGUCAGGCUUUGAACUAGGUGUUUCAUAUACAUUAUCCUAAAUUCUCUCAACAUCUGAGGUAGGUGUUUUAAUUUUUGUUUUAUAGAACUUAGUGUGUUUAACUGUUAAGCUAUGGGGCUAGAAAGAGGGUUUGAUCCCAGGUCCCUCUGUGCUUUUUCUGCUAAGCCACACAACCUCCCAUUUCAAAAACAUUUUCAAAAUGCUAAUAUAUUCUAAUUCACUCCAGGCCACCAAAAGCAUUAAUACUAAUAUCUGAUUUGUAAAUGACUUAAUGUAUCCUUGACCCUAUCUCUCAGCUGUGCAUUUAAUCAAAUAUUCCUCUCUGCUGUGAAAUUUUGCCAGUACAGUAUUUGGUCUAUUGACAGGUAUUUUGUUUUCAUUUGUUUGUUUUUGAGACAGCGUCUCGCUCUGUCGUCCAGGCUGGAGUGCAGUGGCAUGAUCUCGGCUCACUGCAACCUCUGCCCUCCGAGUUCAAGUUGAUUCUCGUGCCUCAACCUCCCAGGUAGCUGGGAUUAUAGGCACACGCACCAUGCCUAGCUGAUUUUUUUUGUUUUUAGUAGAGACAGGGUUUCACCAUGUUGGCCAGGCUGAUCUUGAACUCCUGACCUCAGGUGAUCGCCUGCCAUGGUCUCCCAAAAUGCUGGGAUUACAGGCGUGAGCCACUGUGCCCGGCUCUAGUGACAGGUUUUUAGGGGUAAUUUUAGAUUAUCUAAAACAGCAUAUUCAUAUAUUUUUCAGAUUGUUUAUUUUGGGAAAAUGAAGGUUUCUAUAACAUAUUGUUGCAGUGUUCAAAUAAACUCAAAGAAUCAACAUCGCAUUUGAACUAUAUCCUUCCUAGUGGGUAGUGUGAAAAAAGUUUGGCUGAUUCCUAGAACUCUAUCAGCCCUGCAGUAAUCUCCAGGGCCUGAUUAUUGUUCAAACAUUCCAUGGUGAUUCCUGGGAAGGAACCUUGGCUGCUCAGUUUCUGAGUCUGGGGUGAGAUAAUGUUCCAUGAAGGAGCAUCUGUUCUUUGGUAUAAUCUCUUUUGGUGAAAUCUGUUCUGUACAUUAGACAAUUGCAUUGCUACCAAGUUUCCUACCAAAUAUUUGAAAGAAUGGUAUUUAAUCUAAAACCAAAUACCAAGUUUUUAUUAAAUUCAUGGAAAGGCUAAUAUAUUCCAACAUAAAUUAUUACAUAUGGUUAAGUAACUUCAUGUUAAUUUAUUUUGAUGUAAAUAUUUUUGUUACUGUUCUGAGCCAAAUUCUAAAGAAAAAAUAAACACAUUUCCUUGUUGAAA